AUGAGAACAUCUACUCUCUCUGCGUUAAGCACUCUCUUCGCCGCCUUGACCCUGGCUCAUCCUGUCGAUAUCUCGGCACGCUCAUCAUCCCUCUCUGCUGUGGACAUUACAAUCCUCCAAUUUGCCUUGACACUUGAACACCUCGAAAAUACCUUUUAUCAGGAGGCAUUCAACACUUUCAACCUCCAGCACUUUGUUGAUGCCGGCUUCAGCGAGGAUUUCUUCCUCAAUCUGAAGUUCAUCGCGGCUGAUGAGUCGGCCCAUGUCACAACACUCGAGACUGCCAUUCUAGGAGCCGGCAUCGUGCCUGUCGCUCCCUGUCAGUACAGCUUCCCCGUCACUGAUGUGGCCAGCUUCGUGGCUUUGUCUGCCAUUCUCGAGAGCGUCGGGACCAGCGCCUACCUAGGUGCAGCCCCGUUCGUUUGCUCUAAAGAUAUCCUUGCUGUCGCGGCCAGCAUUAUGGUCACCGAGGCACUCCAUACAUCCCUGCAAAGGUCGUCUAUCGGUGCGAUAGGCGCUCCCGAUCCCUUCGGCACGCCCCUUGACGCCAACUCUGUAUUUACCCUCGCAGCGCAAUUCAUCGUCUCCUGUCCGUCGAGCAACCCGCCCUUGCCUUUCACCGCAUUCCCUGGAUUAAAAGUCAAUGCUCAGUCAUGCUUCGCGGAGAACAGCUCUGCCGCAUCAAUGUACGACACGUCUACUUCGAAUUCCACCGCCACCGUGACGGCUAUGGUGUCUAUCGAGACCGCUACCGCUACCGCUACCGACGGUAGCGCCACCACAACCACGAUCACUGCUACAGAGUCCGCUUCUUCUGCCGAAGCGAGUGCCACCGAGACCGCAGCGGCCGAACGCAUGCGAGCUCGCACUGCUGGAUCCUCUGCCGCGUCCUGCGCCGCACCAUCUGCCGGUUCGAAAGUGAGCCUGGUUCCCGACUUCAGCAAGUCCAUGCACGACUUCAGCCAGGUCGUGGAGAUUUUUGUCACUUUCGUUGCUGGAUUGAACGUCAUCUCGGUGGGCGCCCAGAUCUCACAGACCGGUAUCGACGUGGCCAUUCCCGGCGGCAUUGGUGGACAGGUGUAUAUCUUCAUCACCAUCGUUGACAUCACAGGUGGCCGGCUGAGCGAUUCGGAGGUUUUGUUUGGGCCAGCUAUCAUGGAAGUCCUGCUUGGUGCCUUCUUACCGCGAUCUAAUGGAUCUGGUGUGCUGAUGAUUGCGAUCGAACCGUAG